AUGGAAUCGCUUACUACCCAUCCGUCGACCGCACAACAGGCCAAAGCCUUCACCUCAGCAUCAUCGCUCUCUUUCCCUGGUGGAGCCGGGGAGCUCACUCCGCCCUCCUCAGAGAAGGAUGGACACAUGGCUGGUCUGAACGGUCAGCAGCAGGGAGUGAAUGCCAAUGGCAACGGGGUGACACCCGCAACUCCUGCUGCCACCCCAGGUGCGAAUAAUGUGGGGAGCGGCAUUGUGCCUACGUUGCAAAACAUCGUCGCCACCGUCAACCUGGACUGUCGUUUGGAUCUUAAGACCAUCGCACUCCAUGCACGAAAUGCGGAGUAUAAUCCAAAGCGUUUCGCUGCUGUGAUCAUGCGUAUUCGUGAACCUAAGACCACCGCUCUGAUUUUUGCAUCGGGCAAAAUGGUGGUCACCGGUGCCAAGUCCGAAGAUGACUCGAAACUUGCUUCCCGGAAAUACGCUCGUAUCAUUCAGAAGCUUGGUUUCAACGCGAAGUUCACCGACUUCAAGAUUCAGAACAUCGUUGGUUCUUGUGAUAUCAAAUUCCCUAUCCGCCUCGAAGGUCUUGCCUCCCGCCAUCACAACUUCAGUUCCUACGAACCUGAACUGUUCCCUGGUCUUAUCUACCGCAUGAUGAAGCCAAAGAUUGUCCUCUUAAUAUUCGUCAGUGGAAAGAUUGUCCUUACCGGCGCCAAAGUCCGUGAGGAGAUCUAUCAAGCUUUCGAGCUGAUCUACCCUGUGCUUUCUGAUUUCCGUAAAACUUAA